AUGCUGUUACACAUCCUUUUUAUGCUGUGGGUGUCAUCUGUAAUUUUUCUGCCAGGAAGGUAAGAGCACAUCUUCAUUUGUUGGAUAUGAACUUUUUUGCUGUUUGGCUCUGCACAUUUAAUUUUUAGUAUUUUGAUACGAACUGUAAAUAAUUACUAACAGACAUUAGAUGCUUCAAUUAUUUAACCCCUCUGUGAUUUGUCUACAUGAUCCUUUUCCCUGAAUUUUGCAUGAAAAAACUUUGCAAUUAUACACAAAGAAGGACUAAAAUAGAGGAAGAAGUUCAAAUGGAAAAUGCACUAUUAUACUUUGAAGGCAAGAAAAAGUGUAUAGUAAAUGUUAAUAUAAUUUCAACACAUUUGAAGUGAAUACUGUUGAGUAAACAACAUUUGGCACCUUUGCCGUCAACUAUAAAAUGCAUGUUGUGGAGAAGGAAAGCACCUUCAAAUAAAAUGUUCAUCCAUCAGCAUGAAGUCUAGAAUUAAAAGACUGAAAGAAAGAACAUGUAUGUGUGUUUAGCUCUGUUUUUGCCGUCAUCUGUCAGGUCUGUGCUCUGCAAGGAGAUGAAACUCCCAAGCAGAGCAGCCAAACCCCCCUCUCCAUCUGACUUUCUGGACAAACUGAUGGGACGCACAUCUGGCUACGACGCCCGUAUCAGACCCAACUUCAAAGGUAAGAGCACACUGUGGCGUGCUAGGGGAGGGCUUCCUCUGUCAGGACAGGUGUGAGAAAGUACGCGGUUCAUUCUAGCACAAUCUGGGCGGUGAAGUAGCACAAAUCACUCGCAGAUGCGUCAGAAGUCAAACAUGCUGCAGGCUGUGAUGUUUCUGGUCAUGUACUGUUACUGUUUUGAUGCUGACCCACAGCCUCUGGUUGUAAUAUUUUUACACAAGCGUAACUUUUUGUGUCAUAAAUGUGUGGUUUCCCUUCCGUGUUAACCCCACAGGCUUAUUCCAGUCUAAUCUUGGUCUCUGGUUGAGAUUGAAGCCAGCAGAUUCUCCCUGACACACUUCCCCCCUCCGUCCCUGGGGUCACAUUUCAUAUAUAUUUCAUAUUUGCUCUACAUCUGUGUCAGUGCAUGAUGUGGGUAAUUCCCAGCUGAUUAUCUAGAAAUAAACUAAUGUUACCUACCAAAGGAGAAUCAAUAAAUUAUUGCCCCUCAGGAAAUUAGUAACUGAAAUAUUUACAGUUUCAGUGGUUGACAGAUGGACUACACUAAUGGGAGCAUACUGGAAAUGACAACACAAUUUCAUGCCCCCGAUCUAAAAAAAAAGUCAUUUACCAGGACGCGGCAUGGCACACUGUGAAGACGGUGUUUUAGGGGAGCUCUGCUGUUUAAAUAUUUCAUGCAGAAAACAUCAUCUGUGGUAUUUAACAAAGCUCUAAUGUGUGGUUUGCAUCUGUCAGGUCCCCCUGUCAAUGUCACCUGUAACAUCUUCAUCAACAGCUUUGGGUCCAUCACUGAAACAACCAUGGUGAGAUUUUACUUUAUAAUCCUUACUGUUACACUUUGUUUUAGACACAACAAAAGUUGCAGCAGCCUGUGUAUAUCUCUGUUUAUCAUCUACUGAAUGGAUAUUAAAGUUACGCUAUAAAAUGACUGUAGAUAUUUGGACUAUUUGUUUACACAUUGACCUUUGAUCAAAGUUUUAGCACCAAAUUAAAGGACAUGAGAUGAUUCUGCACUGAUUUAUCUGAAGAGUAAGUAAGUUAGUAAAGUUCAUUUACAGAGCGCUUUUCACAGAUAAAAAUCACAAAGUGCUGUACAUAAAAUAAGUGCAAUUAGAUAAACAUAAACGGUGCAAAACGAAGUACAGAUACAUACACAAAUACAAAUACAGUACAGGUAAGUACAAAAAUAAGUGCAGAUAUAAAAAGACAUCAAAUAAAAGAUUUUUACUUAAUUUCAGAGAUGAGUUUUCACCUAGCAGCAGCUGUCUUGACAUCUGUAUCACUGAAAUUUGUCUUCCACUACCAGGUUUUAGAUGAAUUAGACCUGUGGUAAUUUCACAGCAAUUACAGCUGCUUGCCCCACUUAAAACAUCUGACCUAUUGUGUAGGAUGGUGCUAGAAAGGGAAUCUGAGGCUUUACAACAAUUGUGUUGAUUGUCUGUCGUUGUUGUAAUGCUCCUUAGAUGACAAACAAGUAAUGUGCAAACUGCAGCGUUACUGUUAUAGUCCUAUUACUGUUAAAUGUUGAUUUUACAUUACAGUCUGUGCACUACAGAUUCUACAGAUGAUGAAAGAUGGCUGAUUUAAACCCCACACCUGUAUGAUAAUGACAGUAAUUCAAGGUGCAAGUGUUGAUGGGCACUUAGGUGCACAUCAGGAUGUGCUCGAGCCGUGGAGGUGUGUAAUAGCAGCAGCUUUUACUGCAACGACAAUAAUGUACCCGAACAUGGUGCUAUCAUGGUGUAAAUUUAUAUGGAGAUCUGUUUUACUUCAUACAGUAACUGUACACUGUAAAUGAGAGGUAGAACUGCUUAUUACCAGCAGAUGGUGCCAUGAAUACUGUAUAUGACCAAGUAUGUAUAUGUUGAUCUGUAUAUGACAGUAUAUGAACCAAAUGUGUGAAAUUUUAAGAAAAUAUUUGCUUUGUAUGAGAGUUUAUACAACCUGUUUACAAUAGGUGGUGUUAGAAUAAUGAUUAAAAGUGUUUAUGUAGAUCUGUGAAGGCUGGUUCUGCCAUCAAACCAGUGAAAUGUGAGGCAGAUUGAACCUUCGAUAUUAAGGACAGUACUACCUCUUUCUACAAGAGGGCAUUAUGGCUGUAGGCAUUAGGGGUAGGAAUCACCAGUGGCCCCACGAUACGAUAUUAUCACAAUACUUGGACCAUGACACGAUAUUAUUGCAAUUUUUAACAUUCUGCAAUACAGUGACUAUUACGAUAUAUAUCUAAUUACUAUUUUAGUUCAUAAUUUAUUUGCUGAAUGCUGUGUCAGUAAUCAACAUCUCUGAAUGGAUCUCUUUAGUAUGCCAUAAAUUGGUAUAGUAUCACUGUGAUGUGCAUGAGCCUCUGCUGGUUUAAUUUCAUACAAAUGCGGAAUUUUCUGUCUGUUUAUAUGUGGAAACAGAGCUGGUUUGUGUUGGUUUUCAUCACACUCUUUUAUCUUUUACGCAUUUCUCCAUUUCUUGUGUUUUUGGCUUGCCUCCUGCUGUUUGCAGAGUUUCAUGUAGCUAGGACAAUACAAUCAUUGCAUCAUGACUAAUUAAUGACUAUAAACACCAUCAUCGAGCUCAUUACAUAACGGCAGCAGUGGUUUCUCUUACUUUUGUCUCUCAGUUGAAGGACCACCUAUCCUUUAUUUAAGAGGCCUGUGAUGAGUUGGGACACGGGAGUUAUGCAAGUCCAGAGUUUGGAAGAACGUUUUGUUAAAAACCUCUUGAGAUAGCCAUCAGAAUUUAAUGGAUGAUAUUAUAAGUGGAGUUUUCUGUUGCUCAGGUUAUGAGCACUUAGGUUUCACUCAGUAUUCAUGCGCUUUUCUUUUACUCACACUAAAUUCACGUGGGCACAGACUCCUCACCUGCUGAGAGACACUGCAGGUUCAUUUGUUAGUCACCCCUGUUCUUGGCUCUUUUACAAGAUUUAUUACAAUGAAAUGAUCAUAGUCAAAUUUAACCUGACAAACCCCUUAAAUCUGAAUACAAAUCCUGUAUGGAGUGAACUCUACAGUCGUUGCUUUAAGCUUUAUUACUCAAUAAUCAGUCUUUAUUUUUAUAGCACUUUCAUACACAGUCAUGUAACACAAAGUGCUUUACACAAAAAAAGGAAUAAAAGAAACAAAGAAUAUCCAGAUCUACCCCAACCCAACGCCUCAUUCCCAACCAAUAAUCUAAACACAACAGAAACAGUAUUAAAAUGCAUAAAUUUAAAAGGGGCUUGAUUUUGUGGAAACAGGAAUGUGUGCACCGAGGAAACGCCAUUUUAAAACUCAAGAUGAGGAAACACUGGAGGUUUAGGUAAGAAUCUAAAAACAAAGUAAGAUAGAAUGAAAUGUAAUAAAUAAUAAAUAAAAUGAAAUAAAAACAACAGUAAAAGAUACUAAUAUAAGAGCACCAAAAUAGUUCAAUAAAAGACGAUCCUGUCAUUAAAACUAGAAAGAGAUACGUGCUAAAACACCUAAACAAAGUUAAUGAUAUAAAAUUAGUUAAAAAGGUAAAAGCAGAUCAGAUAGAUAAGAAGGGCCAAAGCCAUUCAGAGCUUUAAAAACCAAUAAAUCAACAUUAAAAUCUAUUCUAAAAGAGACGGGUAGCCAAUGCAGAGACCUUAAAAUCAGUGUAGUAUGAUCUUUCUUUAGAUUCAAGUCAUUUUCUGAGCGGUGAUUGUGACUUUAUUCUUCACUGUUAGGACUACCGGCUCAAUGUAUUUCUGAGACAGCAGUGGAAUGACCCUCGCCUGGCGUAUAAGGAGUACCCUGAUGACUCUCUGGACCUGGACCCCUCCAUGCUGGACUCGAUUUGGAAACCUGACCUGUUCUUUGCAAAUGAGAAGGGAGCAAACUUUCAUGAGGUCACAACAGACAACAAACUGCUCCGGAUUUUUCAAAACGGAAACGUCCUCUACAGCAUCAGGUGACCCGAUUUUUUAAACCCUAAAUGAGGCUGAAUCAUGUAACAGGAUGCGACACAAACAACAAACUCGCUUCUUUGUUUUGCCAAUAUGCAGACUGAAUAUGAACUUCUAUCUCUAUGAGAGGAUGAGUUUAUGACUCAGCAGCGUAUUUGUUUCACUCCAGUUCAGUUCGUUCUUAUUGUCCAGCACCCACUGUGAACGAGUUUGUGUAAAACAAUGACUUCAAGCUGAAACAAAAUCAGGUCAGUGAUAUGCAAACAGUAGAUGAACUGUAGCCUAAUGCUGAGGACUCACCAUUAGAAUAUAAAACAGAGAGCCAUGUGAAACGCUGCUCUAGUUUCUCUAGUGAACAUGAACUUUAAAUUAAACCCUGACUUUAGGUUUAACCCUGAGCAGUUGGAAAAAAAAAGACUUUAAAUUGCUUGAUACUCAGCUACUCACACAUCUCAGAGUGACAUUGAACUGCAACCACUCAUGUUUUUCCCUGAAAUGUUGCUCAUUUGUGUGAAAUACUUCACUUUGUCCUUGCUGGAAUAAAGAGAAGAGGAGUGCUUUAAAUGAGCAGCAAAAAAAAAAGCAUGACUCGAUGAAUAAAGCAGCGGUAGAAAAAGAAACUGUCUAUUAAACAUUAGUGAGGUCUUUGUUAACAACACUCUAGUCCGUUUUGCUUCUGCAUCUUGGGAUUAGGGGGAGCCUUUUCAUGUAUACUGUGUAUUCUCUCUCUGUCUACAGCACAUUUUACUUAAGGCCCUCCUUUGAGCUAAAAUGCUGUCAAUUAGCAUGUAGAAUAGUUAAAUCCAAAGGCGGACAGAUCAGAGUUACUGGAUUUGACCUUUCAUUAGUACAAAAAAAGGGUUUCUGUGAUAGGAGGGAUGGCUGCCACUGUGGGUCUAAUGCACCGGCCUUUUGUCCACCCCAGUAUGCAUUUUUCACACAAUAAUAUGGUGUUGUCUAUUUCGCAGGCUGACCCUCACCCUCUCCUGUCCCAUGGAUCUGAAGAACUUCCCCAUGGACAGCCAGACAUGCACAAUGCAGCUUGAGAGCUGUGAGUUCAGCUUGAAAACGUAAACCACAGAUUGUGUGACAGGUUUUUACACAUCAUUUACUCUUCCUUUGCCUGUCUUCUAGUUGGCUACACCAUGAAUGAUCUUAUUUUUGAGUGGCUGGAUGUGGGAGCGGUGCAGGUGGCGGAUGAUCUCACGCUCCCUCAGUUUGUGCUGAAGGAGGAGAAAGGCCUCGGCUACUGCACCAAACAUUACAACACAGGUACAUGACGCACAACAGCCUGUCAGUCAAAAUUCUGUGUGGGUUUUGUCAUUUAACCUCUAAUGAGAGUGUCAGUGUGGACCCGUAUCUCCUCCUCUGAUAGGUAAAUUCACCUGCAUCGAGGUCAACUUCUUCCUGGAGCGUCAGAUGGGUUACUACCUGAUCCAGAUGUACAUACCCAGCCUGCUCACUGUCAUCCUGUCCUGGGUGUCAUUCUGGAUCAACAUGGAUGCGGCGCCGGCCAGAGUGGGGCUGGGGAUCACGACGGUGCUUACCAUGACAACGCAGAGCUCUGGCUCCAGGGCUUCCCUGCCAAAGGUCAGACAGUUUGCUUUGUGGCAAAUGAAAGUUAGUCAGGGUUUCUCAUAAAGGCUGGGCUAGUUUUAGACAUGAAAACGGUUAUUGAAUUUAAAGAGUUUGUCAAAUACCAUAAAGACAUUAAUAAAUAAAACAUGUAAAGAUGAGAGAUGGACCUAUCAUAUCAUAACUUAUUGCACUGUAGUGUACCAUUUUAUAUCCCAUUGUAUUUUAUCAUAUCAUAUAGUAUCAUAUUGUUUCAUUUCAUAUCGUAUCGACCAAAAAAAAAAAAAAAAAUGAAUACUAAAAAACUUGUUUUAUUGGAGAAACCAACACCAGGUUCAGGCUGGAGCUCAAUGACAUUAUCACCAGAUCCAGCUGUCUGAUUCUUUUUUUUUUCACUUAUUCUAUUAGAUCAAAUCCCAAAUUUCAUUCUUGAUAAAUCUUUAAAUGGACAAAACACUGAAAUAAACUCGACUAUUUUUAGUUAAGUAGUGAAAAAGUACAACAAUCUCAUGUAAAUAAUAAAUAAGAAAUGCCAACAUCAAAAAAGAACUCCACAUCGAAGAACCGCUUUUAACUUUGUAGAGAUACAGAUAUCAAAGUAACAGCAUCAAUUAUGCAGGCAGGUUCUUUGAUGACUGUUGGAGUAAAUCUAAGGUCUCUUUUUAUUUUUCAUGUUGCUAUAAGGGCAGAUACAUUUACUGAAGUGCUGCACUUAAGUGACAUACCCUCUUUUAGUGUUUCUGUUUUGUGGUACUUGUGCUCUCAUCACAUUUCAGGUGGAGUAAUUGUAUUCUUUGUUCAACUACAUUGAUUUAACACCUAUAGCUUUUUGUCAUUUUCCAUUUAUUGAUUUUAACUUUAAAAAAAGCAUUUGCUGCUUAGAGCUCCUGUCAUAAACUUUUGGCUUGAGCUCAUUUUUGUCCACCCUGCUGAUAAAGAUGCAAGUUGUAUCUCCUUGUAUCUCACUUCUGUACAUGCCAAGCCAGUAUCCUCUGACAGGAAAAAAAAUACCAUCCUGCUUUCUUUUCACUGUGAAAUAUACAAUAUCAUUUGUCAUGAAUAUUUGAUGUUGAUAUCUUAAAAAAGGUGUUGCUUGAGUGUUUUUUUUUUUUUCAUUUUUGUCAUACAAACCUUUGUAUUAUUGAGAAAUCAAAUGUGUAACUUGGAUGGAGACCAUUGAGCAUGUUGAGUAUUUUAUAUUCUUGAUGUUAAUUUUUUAAGAAUUUUUGACAGCUAAAGCGAGACAGGAAAUGUGGGGACUGGGGAAGAACAUGCAGUGAAAGGUUGUGGCCUGGAGUGAAACUGGUGACCUGUGCAACAAGGAUUAAGACCUCUAUACAAGUGGCGUGUGCCUAAAUCGCAAGGCCAACUGGCACUUUAGUGUUUUUCUAAAAAUGUUGUACUUUUGCUCCAAAUGGAGAAUUUUCUGCACCUUUUCAAGGUUUAGGAAUGUCUCUCAACAAUGUCUAAUUCAAACAAAGUUGCACAAAGUAAACCAACAUGAAACUCUCCUGAUAGAUUGUAGUUUCCAUCAAUCUUUUAUGCCACUUCCAAACAUAACCUGAUCUCCAUGAAUGACUUCACCAGUGAUUUUUUUCUUUGUUUUCUCAGGUGUCUUAUGUGAAAGCCAUCGACAUCUGGAUGGCGGUGUGCCUCCUCUUCGUGUUUGCUGCACUGCUGGAGUAUGCGGCUGUUAAUUUUGUUUCACGGCAGCACAAGGAGUUCUUCAGACUGAGGAGGAAACUGAAGGAGCAACAGCGACAGAGAACUGUGAGUGCAACAACCCCUCCCACUCAGGCCCCUUGGGCGGCUGUCACCUGCUAUUCCCCGCGCCUGGCUCUGCACGAGCUGCAAGACUCAGCUGCAUGUUGCUUUCCAGCAGAGAAACACAGACAGCGUUGACCUGUAAUUAAUUCAAACCAUCACCUCAUCCCACUUCUGGAGGGAUGUUCUGGGCAUAUAGCACCUUCACUUUAAGCCUCUUCAGGAGAAGAAAAGUACAUCUGACAGAAGAAAAAACUCUUUUAAAGAAAAUACAUCUUAUAUGUAACAGAGUGACAGCAGCUGCAAGAUUCAUUUUGUCUUUGUAACAUUUAUAAAUAUGACACACAAAACAUCUGCUAUAGUCCUUUGUGCUACUUUGUUAAGAUAAUGCCGUGCCAUUUAAACUCCCUCUAACUUAUUCCAGAUUAAUGUCAUCCACUUCGUUGAAACAGAUGAUGUCUUGUUUAUGUUCGGGAUUUGGAGCACACAUGCGGCGCAGACGGGCUGUGUUAGUCAAUGAAGUCUGUUUGAUGAUUACAUUCAUGUGCUGCCUUUUCUUCCCCGUCAGCAGGCAAGUGGUGACAGUAAAGCAAAAGGAAAUAUGUCAGGCAACACUGCUCCUCAAGGGAACCGGCGGUGCAGCGUCUGUGCACGGGUGAGUACUGUCACUUUGUUCAGUUAAAUACCAGCCAAUCAGCUGCUCAGACAUAAAACAGACACGGGUUAAGCUGUUGCAGCAAAUCCUUGAUCUGUGAUGUUUCUUUUUUCUAAUAGGAGGAGGAGCUGGCGCAGCAGGGUUUACUCUUCCAGAGUUUUGGACUUUCGACUGCACCGGAAAUGGAUGCAACUCCAGUGUUUGCAGAUCUACCUCCAGGUUUGGGCUUCUAUGACAUACGCAGACGCUUUGUGGACAGAGCAAAAAGGAUUGAUACCAUCUCCCGGGCAGUUUUCCCCAUGAGUUUCCUCAUGUUUAAUGUCCUCUACUGGCUCACCUACAAAGUUCUACGACAUGAGGAUCUUCACGCCACAUCGUGA